AUGCGGCAAAGGAACGGGGAAAGAGAGAGGAAGAGACGGGGUGGUUUGGUUUGGUUGCUGUCCUCCUCCUCGUUCCACUCCCAAAUCGCCGUGUGUUUCCCCUCGGCCGCCACGCGAAAUACAACCAUCGUUCCCACUCUCGUCGACACUCACGCUCACGCGCUCAUCAACCUCACGAGGGCCUCGCCGGGCGACGCGCCGACAAAAUGA